AACAACAGCACUCCCUCAGAAGUUCACAUAUAUAUCAGCUUCUAGACAAAGAGAUGGACACUGAAGCCAGCAAAACGAUGGAAAUUGCGGCACUUGGCCGCCCAUUCAGCCUUGGGAUGCUGUAUGACUGCCGCCAGGAUGUAGUCGUACCUGGAAUGACACUGUGGGACUGUAAUGACCUGGAAAAAGAUAGACGAGAACAAGAACAACCUAACACUGAAUCUGAAAUAGUGGCAUCUGAAUCAAUUGAGGACAAAUCUUCAGCAUUAAAUGUUGAGGCAUCCCUGAAGGCAAGUUUCUUGGGAGGACUGAUUGAGGUUGGAGGAUCAGCCAAAUAUCUCAAUGAUCAAAAGACAUCCAAAAAUCAGGCCAGAGUGACACUGAACUACAAAACUACAACAAAGUUCCAGGAACUGUCAAUGAAUCACCUUGGAAGAGGCAAUGUAAAACAUCCCUAUGUUUUUGAGCAAGGAAUAGCAACACAUGUAGUCACAGGUAUCCUUUAUGGGGCACAAGCUUUCUUUGUGUUUGACCGUGAGGUUUCUAAAGAGGAAACUCAUCAAGACAUCCAGGGCAACUUGAAGGUGAUGAUCAAGAAGAUCCCUUCAUUCUCUAUAGAGGGUGAAGGUUCCCUGAAAAUGGAAGACAAGGACAAAAAAAAUGUUGAGAAAUUCUCCUGCAGAUUCUACGGAGACUUUUGCCUUCAGAAACCUCCAACAACAUUUCAGGAAGCUGUAGAAGUCUACAAAAGCCUUCCAACACUACUAGGAACCAAUGGUGAAAAGGCUUUACCAAUGAAGGUCUGGCUGUUACCUUUGACCAGUUUAGAUUCUUGUGCUGCUAAACUCGUCCGUCAGAUAAGUAUAAGAUUAGUUCAGGAAUCACAGAGCGUCCUGGAGGACUUCAGUGAACUGGAAAUGAGGUGUAACGAUGCACUGAGAACUUCCACUGUCCAACAGUUCCCACAGAUUAGCAAAAAACUGAAAAGUUUUAAAGAAAUGUGUUCAGAGUUCAAGCUGGAAUUUCAGCGAAUGUUAGCGAAGAGACUACCAUCAAUCAGAGGAGGAGGAGAAGAGGAGGCUGAACUCGCCGAGAUCCUGAAGAAGAGACAUUCUUCACCUUUCAACAGCAAAAACCUGACUGAGUGGAUGGACUGUAAAGAGAGAGAAAUCAGUAUCUUAAAGUCUUUCACCAACAUGAUGAAAAACACCAAGACUGUCCCAUCUCAGAAUAGUCUACAUGAGGAACUUCUCAGUGCAGAGCAUGGCCUGUGUUUUGUUUUCACCUCACUGGGAAAGGAUGAACCAUAUCUCUCAGCUUUAUCAAACUACCUGAAAGAAACAACCAAAACAGACGUUCAUGUUUAUCAUACUUACAAUGUAGAGAAGGAACAAUGGUACCUUUCAAAAGAAGUAGCAGAUGAUAUGAGGAAGAAAGCAAAACUCUUCAGUGAUUUUGCAGAGGCCAACAAGGAAAACAAGAACAUUAGGUUCCUGACAGUGGGUUUAACUAAUGAGACACAGGAAGGUUCCAGCAUCUACCUUUAUGAAGAUGGAUUUGCUGUCAGUGAGAACUUUGAGCCUCCUUCAAAGCCUGAAACUGUGACAGUAGCUGACAUAAACCACAACAGUGUGACACUGAAGAUUUCUCCACCCAGGUUUGGAGCAGAGAACAUCACCUCCUACUCUGUUGAGUACUGUGUCAGUGAAGAGGAUGGAUGGCAGCAGAAGACAGAAGCAAAGGCUGAAGAAGUCACAGUGAGAGAUCUGAAGCCAAACACAGAGUAUGUGUUCAGAUGCAGAGCAGUGACCUCAGCAGGUGUCGGGCCAGCUAAUGUAAUCAGUGAUGCCAUUAAAACCUUACCAUGUGGCCCUCCUGGAAAACCUCAAGCUCAGCCAUAUUCAAGUGAGAUAUCAGUUAGCUGGGAGAAGCCUGCUGAGCUUGGAAAGGAUGUCCAGAUAUUGAGUUACAUAGUGGAAUACGCAAAAACAGAUAACAAAUCAACAUUGAAUGACCUCAAGUGGAAUCAAACAAUUUCAGGAGGUAAGAAGGCCAUCAUUUCAGGGCUUCAAUCAGAGACACAAUAUGCAGUGAGGAUCAGAUGUGACUGUGGUGUAGAUGGAAGAAGCAAGGAAAGCAUCAUUGUUAAUGUCUGCACAACAAAGCGUGAAUUUGCACGUCUGGCUGAGUACCUAAAACAUAUCAGCAAGAAAAUAAACUCAAAGCUGUCCUCAGUUUACAAACUGCCCCUGGAAGAAGAAGAUAUGGACAUAGAUGGAUGUCGGAGGUAUAUGUUUGGCAAAGAAAGCAUGAGGCAGAAUCGCACAAUAAUGCUUCUGGGAGCAACAGGAUCAGGAAAGUCUACUCUCGUCAACGGAAUGAUCAACUACAUUGUUGGUGUCGAGUGGAACGACGGUUUCAGAUUUAAGUUAGUUGAUGAGGAUCCAACAACUUCACAAGCUCACAGUCAGACAUCUGAAGUCACUGUGUAUGAAAUCCACCACCAGGAAGGCUUUAAAAUCCCGUUCUCCAUGACCAUUGUGGACACUCCAGGUUUUGGAGAUACAAGAGGAGUAGCAAGAGACAAGGAGAUCACAGAGCAAAUCCGCAGGCUUUUCACCUCUCCUAAUGGAGUCAGUGAGAUUGAUGCAGUGUGUUUUGUUACUCAGGCCUCUCUUGCACGACUAACAGCAACACAGAGAUAUGUGUUUGAUUCGGUGCUCUCCAUUUUUGGCAAAGAUGUUGCAGAGAACAUUGAAAUGCUGGUGACUUUUGCUGAUGGCAAAGAACCACCAGUUCUUGAGGCAAUAACUGUUUCUGCAGUCCCCUGUCCAAAAAAUGAGUUAGGGCUUCCGGUUCACUUCAAGUUCAAUAACUCAGCAUUAUUUGCAGACAACAGAUGCAACAAAGACUGUGAAGUGGAUUUUGAUGAAGAUGAUGCCAGCUUUGAUGAAAUGUUUUGGAAGAUGGGAGCCAAGAGUAUGGAGAAGUUCUUCACUGCUUUGGGUAAAAUGGAAACCAAAAGCUUGCUAAUGACCAAAGAAGUCUUAAAGGAGCGCAAACAGCUUGAAACAGCCAUUGAAGGUUUGCAGCCACAAGUUAGAACUGGAUUAGCAAAGCUUGAAGAAAUUAAGACAACCAAAGAAAAGAUCAAAGAGUAUGAAGCAGUCAUAACUUCAAAUGAAAACUUUGAGAUUGAGGUGGAUGUUAUUAAACCAGUCCAAAAACCAAUCACAGUGAAAGGUGCAUUCAUCACCAACUGCCAGAAAUGUUCAAUAACGUGUCACUACCCAUGUGCAAUAGCACAAGACAGUGAGAAACGUGGCUGUGCAUCAAUGGAUAUGAACGGGAUGUGCACUGUCUGUCCUGGAAAAUGCAUUUGGAGUGUGCAUUUCAACCAGAAAUACAGCUGGGAGUAUGUUCAAGUCAAAGAGAAGCAGACAGUGCAAGAGCUGAAACGCAAGUAUGAAACAGCUAAUAAAGAAAAGAUGACUGUUCAGGAACUGAUUGAGAGGCAGGAAGAAGAGAUUGUUCACCUUCAGGACAUGAUGGUGUCCCUCAUGGAUCAGUCAGCUCAGUGUAUAACUCGACUACAAGAGAUCAGCCUGAGGCCAAACCCUCUGACCACCCCAGAGUACAUUGACAUGAUGAUUGAGGGAGAAAGAUCAGAGGCCAAAGAGGGUUACCAGGCUCGAAUCAAAUCUUUGGAGGCAAUGAAGGAGAGGGCAAAUCUCAUCUCCAAGGUAACCCGACGAGACAAACUUGCAAAAACGGAGGAGGAAUUAUCCGAAGAAAGAAAGCAGAAGACGGAAAAGCAAGGCUUUGUUAAGAAAGUUCUAAAUUUCUUUGGAUAUUCAGGUUAAUAUUACAAAGGUCUACAGAUAUGUCAGCAGCAUUAAGAGGACAUUAAAUGAUUUAAAGCAGCUUGAUAAAAAAGUUCUAAGCAUGCAAAAUAAAAAGGCCAGCUCUUCAAGCUGUUAAGAUCCUUUCAUUGUAAUCUCCCAACAAUCAUUAAAUUAAACCAGAAUCUAUGAGCAGAGUGUUUCUUGUCUAUGUGGAAAAUUUUCUUUUUAACAUGUUUAAGGAUCUGGACCACUGCUGCCAGAUGUUUUUUGUUUAUUGUCAAAACAUUUCAGUAUAAUCAGUUUUUGUGUUAAUUACAGGUCAUUUCUGUUUUGCCAGUUUGAUGUAUUUAAGAUCACCAAGGUAACAGACAUUGAAAUAACUGGUGUCAAUUGUCAAUCAUUUAACAGUUGUAGUUUAAUGCAGUGUCUGUAACUGUCAGCCUGUUGACACUACGACACUUUUUGUUCUUGUGCUUCAGUCCUUUUGUUUUUUGUUCCAAUGUGAUUUGGAAAAACCUUUCUAGAAAUGCUCAUUAAAUAAUCACAUUUACAUUUGAAUGUUAGGAUGUCUGAGAUGUGACAUUAAAUGAUUAUCCUGGAUUCUUUCUGUUUCAAGCUCUUUAUUAAUUUCUGUUUUAGCUUCACUUGGACUAAAUUGAUGAAAUGUAGUUCAUGUGACUGUCAUAGAAGAUGAAGUAUUUUUCUUUGCAUAUUUAUCAUCAUAUAAUUAUUAUUUUUAUUAUUAUUAUUAGAUCUAAUGUAGACCAUGAGAUACUUUAACAAUGAUUAUCAGUAAAUAAUUGGAACCAAACAUCCACACAAAGUCUUUGAUUUGAAAACUGCGCGAGCAUUUACAGAGCUGAUUAUGACAUAGCUGCCAUAGAAAAUGACUGAUUAUUAAACCAGCUGCUGUUGCAGCUCUACGUGAGCUUUAGUCCUCCAAAGUCUCUCUAUAGUGAUGUAAACCAAUACUGCAAUAAGGAAGUGAUGCUACCUGAGUCUCUGUAACAAGUUUAAAGAAACCAAACACACCUGCAUAGAUUGUGUAGAAAAAUAAAUAAAAUGUUGUCAU